AUGGUAACUGAACGACUAAAAAACUUUCCUCAAAAAUCUGGGGUAGAAAAUAGGCUAAAAAUAAAAUUGGGUGGCAUAAUAGUGCACUUUAAGUUUUAUACAGCCCAGGUCAAAGCAACGGUUGACUUUGAAGCUAAAUAUGCCGAUAAGAUCAAGAAAAUAGCUCAAAAAGAAGGGCUCACCGUGGAGCAAUUAAAGCAAAAGAUUAAAGAUGAAGCGGCCAAGAAAUUGAAAGCCGCAAAGCCUAAGAAAGUUGUAAAUCCAAUAGCAAAAGAAACAAGCAACAACAGUCAUGUGAGCGCUGCGUCCACAAUGCCAGGAAAAACACAGAUGCCAUACGACUCCUCUGCUCCUACGUUGGAUAAAUUAGUCAAGCUGGAUCUACUGGAAAAAGAAACACCUGAAAAUAUAGCCAAGAUUUGGAAUGCAGGUCAUGCCAAUCAAGACUGUAUCACUGCUGUUAUUCCUAGUGAGACAUACGAUACACUUUAUAAACGAGGACAAGAGUAUCCAAUGUUCGUCGUUCCUAUGCCUAGAGAGCAGGGUGUCGAGUUCUUCUUUUUACAAUUCAACUACAACCAAUGCAACUUCACAUCUCUACUGGAGUAUAAAACAAAAGGCACGGAAGCUCGACCUUUCUUGACACUCACACAUUUUCCAGAACUUCAGCAAUCCAAGGGUAUCGUGUUGAUGAAGGGCGAAAUCAAUAAGGAUCCAAAGAUGCUGGACACCGCCAAUGCUCAAUUCUUAGCUUUUGCCUUACAGCACUUUUAUGUUACAGGUGGAGACGAAAAAUUCAAGUUGGUAGAAAAGUUUCACAAGUCGCCCGGUGAUUUUGAUUUCAAUGAAUUGAUCAAAGCCGUUGAAACACUCGUCUAG